AAUAGGGUUUUCGUCUACGGUGCUGGAAACAGCAAACAGACAGGCCGAGGAGCUCUUCACGCAGACAAAGGAUCAGUAUCUCUAUUCUUUUCCCGUCCAGCACCAGCAGUCUUCCAGUGCCCAUGAUGGCGACGGGUGCUUGGCGCUCAGGGGCACUCUGGCUACGACGGGAUGGCCUGUGAAGCAGGUACACCUGAAGAUCUGGGUUGAGCGAGGUGAAGGUGAGUCUUUCUGCACAUGGGCAUCUGGUCUAACCUGGCUAACAUGCAUCGUCGAGUGCCAUCAGAUGCUGCUACCUUGAACCCACCUCCGAAGCUCACGCCCUUCCUCAGCAAGACGUUGUACAUCCUGCGUCUCUACAAGCUGACCGAAGUCCCUACCGUCGACUCCAACGAAGACAAGCAGGAAGAGCGCCACAUGGUGGAGGACGCUGAUGGCGGUGACGAAGGGUCCGGCUCCGAACCAGGUGAUGACCCCUCUUCGGCCGACUCAGACGACGACUCAUCCGAAUCAGAGUCUGAAGCAGACAAGGGCAAGCACAACAAGAAGCGGCAGGCCAAGCAAGCGCUCAGAAGCUCUCCUCCAGCCAAGCGGCGCAAGACCAAGUCAGCUUCGCCAAAGCGCGCCUCUCCCAAGGCCCUGGCCAAGUCAGCAAUGUCAAAGCGUGUUGUCCGUCAGCAUCAGCAGAUGGCGUGUCCUGAGGUCUACACCACGCUCUAUGCCGCCAACAGCGCUGCUUGCGAGCUGCAGGUCGAGAUCAUGAACGAGCACACGCUACUGGUUGAAGCGGCGCGAGCGAGCAAUGCGGGCGGUCUGAGGAGGAAGCUGAUGGGCCUCGUCGAGAAGAAAGGCGAGGAGCGCUACUGGCACAACGAGUUUCCCUUUGGGCUGGUCGGCGCAAAGAUGGAGAUCAGCGUCGAGCCUGUGACAGUCUGUGGGCCGAGGAACGUGUAGACGGCGAGAAUGGGCGUGUCUGCACUGCCCACGGGGCCACCCACGACUCCCACGUUGCUCCCUGGGGAAGCAGAAUUUGACAUCGGGCCGCGGUGCUUUGGUGGAGCUGUGGAAGGACCGGCGGCGUCG